GAGCUUUCACUUGGAGAGCCAUUUUUUCCUUCCUUCAUUGACUCAUCCUUCUUCCUCCAUGGAAUAACACGAGCUACCUGCUUGCACGCAAAUGCCACCGUUGUUUUUUUCUCAGGGCAUCACUGAACACAAAGGCAGAUUCUUUCCAUCUUAUCCUGACGUAAGGCUUGUGUUACUGACUCUGUUUCUCUGUGUUAUUACUCUGUUUACAGAUGAGAUGACAGCAGACUCCUUCAGCAGUCGGAGAUUUCCCUGCGAGAUACACAGUGCUGACAGGUCAGGACAAGAAAAGCGAACGAUAGACCAGUCUUUGGAUUUAGCGGUUUAGUGGUUGUUCAACAGGAUGAUGCAGACAGUAUCUAUCUGGUUCUGUCUGUCUCUUCUGCCCAUCUUCAGCACCUGUUGGGCACAUGUCAUCCCCCGUCUCUCUUUUCCUUUGGGUAGUCCGGGUCGUUCUCUCGCUGUCUUUACAAGCCCUGAUGUUUCCAACAGCACCACACUGUUGCUUAGCAACGACGAAGGCACCUUAUUCGUCGGAGCGCGAGAUGCUGUGAUGUCCAUAGAUGUCAGUCAAACUGGUACUAUGACAAUGAAGGAGAAGAUCGACUGGUCACCCCCGAAUUUAGAUCUAAAGGCCUGUUCAAUGAAAGGCAACCAGGAGGCCGAUUGUCACAACUUCGUGAGGGUUUUGCAAGUGCUGAACUCCACACACAUGUACGCCUGUGGAACUUUUGCCUUCAAUCCUCGCUGCAUCUACAUCAUUUCAAAGACAUUCUCGGUGGCUACAGGCCCCAGCAAUAAGCCAGAAGAAGGCAGAGGCCGCUGUCCGUACGACCCUUACCAGAGGAACACAGCCAUCGCUGUGGAUGGGGAACUGUAUACAGGAACUGUGGCAGAUUACAGAGGCAUUCGACCGGUCAUCUCACGACACUUGAGUGAAGGAAGCCAUGUUGAUCUGAAACUAGAUGAUACACCUGGGUGGCUGGAAGAUCCUACAUUCAUCAGCUCCACUUAUAUUCCUAGUGAGGAGAAGGUCUAUUUCUUCUUUAGGGAAACUGGAAAUGAGUACGAUUUUAUUGACAAGUUUACAGUGUCUCGCAUUGCGCAGGUUUGCACUAGCGAUGUGGGUGGGCAGCGAACUCUCCAAAAACGCUGGACCACCUUUGCCAAGGCUCAGCUACGUUGUCAAGCUGCCCAAGAGCUGCCGUACAACGUCCUGCAGGAUAUAGUCAGUGUCCCAGCACCAGAGGGCGCCUCUGAGGACGAAACACUUUUCUUUGGCAUUUUCGGUUCUCAGUGGCGGGUGAAUGCGGGUCGCUCUGCGAUAUGUGCUUUCACACUCAGAAACAUCAAGGAGGUGUUCGCAGGAAAUUACAAGUACUUGAACCGGGACGCUCAGAAGUGGACCACACGGGUGGUACAAGAGAAAAUUGCGAACCCUGGAGAGUGUGGCCUUCACAACGCAUCAGAUAACACACUGCGCUUCGUGAAGGAGAACUUCCUGGCUGAUGAAAGUGUUCCACCGGCCAAUAAGGGCCUGACUUUGGUGUCACCUGAUCAGAGCUACCGAAACAUUGCAGCUCAGAGAGUCCGUGGAGCCCGCGGCAAAGUGUACACUGUGCUUUAUCUGCUAACAGAUUCAGGGUACCUGCACAAAGCUGUGAUCCUGGAGAAAGGUGCACACAUCAUUGAGGAGAUCCAAGUGUACCAUCAACCUCAGCCAGUGACAAAUCUCCUGCUGUCAAUCUCACGGGGGGCAGUGUUGAUAGGCUAUGCAGAAGGGGUGGUGUCAGUACCUGUGUCCAACUGUUCAUACUACUGGAGUUGUGCUGAAUGUAUUUUAGCCAGAGACCCCUUCUGUGGCUGGGACCCUGCAAUGAAAGUCUGCACAGAUGCAACCAGUCAACAGUCUGUUGUUCAGGAUGUAGAGGGGGGUAAUGUUUUCGAGCAUUGUAAAUCUGCUACACCCAGGUUACGGGCUGAUCUGCCUGUGUCCACCUCAAGUGAGGUCCUGUCUGUGUCUCUGAACGAGGUGGUGCACCUGCAGUGCCCAGAAGCAUCACAACUAGCCAAGCGCUAUUGGGAGCGUCCGAACAGUCAGCUGUCACCCAAAAUCUACAUUCAGCUAGACAACGGCAGCCUCAGUUUCGUCGCAACCCCAUCCACCCUGGGUCCUUACCAGUGCCAGGCUGAAGAAAACAACUACACCCAAACUCUGGUCAUCUAUCAGGUUAAACAAAAACGCCACACCACCAACACACAAGCCGUCCCCACACCAUCACAUCAGCCACAUAUCAUCCCGGAUGAUGAGACGGAAAGCAGAUCCUCAGUCUUCACUACCAAAUGGACGACACCCAGAUGGACCAAGCCUCAGCCUAAACCUGAAAGUCCAGAGCCUACGGUCACACAAAACGAUACGCCGGUGCUUACCACAAGCAGCAGCAGAAACUUCACUCACUCGUCUGUAUCAGAGGAGAAGAAACCACGGGUGAUGGUUGAGCCCGGAGGAAAUUUUGAGGUGGCUGACAAGCCCACUUACCUGAAGGAGUUGGUGGUGGUUUCUGUCCUGUUAGCUCUGUGCAUUAGUGCUUUGCUAACCAUCGCGCUGUACAGGUUUCGGUUACCGUGCCCCAUCAGGACUGUCCGGCAUAUGGAUGCCGAAAGGGGAGGAAGCGUUACGUCCCAGGAAAGAGAGUCUCUUCGGGAACAGUCGCCACAUGUGGAGAAACGAAAUGGGCAGUCCCAAAAUGGCCAGGCGCAUAACGGUAAAUCACCCAUCACACUCAGCAACAACAUGCUGAACGGAUCCAACGGACACUUACCCAACACACCCAUCUGAGGGCUUCCCUCACUUCCUUACAUUUUAAACUAUGCUCUCUUUUCUGAGCCAUAAUCGGGCUUCUGCUGUGUAAAAACUUGAGCCCUGUAGCCGAACCACUUCAAAUGGCACAUUAAAACUUCAAACAAAGCUUUGAGCUUCACGACUCAACACGCCGACUGCUCUCUGACCUCUCUGUGAGUGGAUACUUAUGUUUAUUUUCAGUUUGUAAAUAUUGAAGCUGUAAAAUUGUGACUGAACUGUAUCCUUUAGUGUAUUUUGUUUUAUUGGUCGUAUGUCUCUCUUAAACCACUUUUAGGAAUAUUUUACCCAAAAAAUUGUAUUCUGUCAUUAUUUAUUCACUACCGUGUCAUUCCAGAUCUACAGUAUGUGCUUUUAUUUAUUUCUGUGGAACACAGAGGUGAGAUUUUUUUGUCCUGCUCUUUGGAAAUAGAAAUAUUACUCCAAAAAGGACAAACAAAAACAAAAGUGCUAGAUGUAAUUGUUCAAUAUUAUUCAGAGCUACUAAAGUUAUACAAUAGCAUUAUGUGAAGGAUUCAAAUUCCAGUUAUUUACCAAUAAAUAUUUAAUAAUAAUCUGAAAUCACGUUCACUAUCAGAUUCAAUGACAUGAGGGUGAGUAAAUAAUGUACUUUUUUGGGGGUGAACUGUAAUUUUAAAGGGAUAAUUCACCCAUAAAUCUAAAUUAUUUCAUUAUUCUGUCAUUAAUCACCCAUAAAAUUGUUAUAAACCUCUAUAAUUUCUUUGUUUUGCUGCACCAUUGACUUCUAUAGUAGGAAAGAAAGAUGCAAUGGAAGUCAAUGGUGCCCAAAUACUGUUUGGUUACAAACAUUGCUUAAAAUAUCUUUAUUUGAUUUCAGCAGAACAAAAAACAAAUGUAUAAGUGUGUAACAACUUGAGGGUGAGAAAAUCAUGACAGAUUUUCAUUUUUGGGUGGACUAUCCUUUAAGUGAACCGAGCCAUAACUUUGGUAAAAUGUCAUGUUUUUAUUGAUCACUUGAACUUAUUUUUACUUGAUCAGUUCUUAUUAUUUUAUUAAAGAUUCACACAUGGUAAAAACGAAAUAUCCCUAGCUGUCACUGGGGCCAUAUGUUUUCAAAAAGUACAUCUUUGCACCUAAAGAGGUACAUCAUAUUGGUACCAAAUCUAUACAUAUGUGUACCUAAAUUCUACAUAUUAGGACCUUAAAGGUACUGCCCCAGUUACAGCUAGGGACUAUUUUUUUCUGACAUCUGUUUGUGAUACAGGCGAUGAAUGUGAAUGAUAUGUUUGUAAGAGGCUGCAUAACUAAAAUCAAAGGUACUAAAGUUUCUGUUACUAGUUGCUAUAUCGACAUCAAACUUUCUUAGUCACUGCCUUUUGUUCUGUAUUCUUUUUAAAUCCCACAUUUUGAAAGAUACAUUUGUUUGACUUUUAAUGUAUUGCAUUUUAUCAUAUUUGUACCGAUGCAAAAAUUAAGGUUUUAAAAAAAGAUUUUAUUUAAUUGCUGUACAUUUUGUGUUUGUGUAUGUAUGGGUACUGUUGGUUUUGUUGAAAUGUUUUUAUAUUGUUUAUAGAUAAAUAUAAAUAUACCAAUAUAAAAACAAAACUCAAAAGUAUUAUUUUGGUACUGUGGACAUGAUAAAGAGGCCACUUUGCUAUUAUUAGGGUUGAUUGCAAUCAAUAUCCUCCUAUAGUGGAGCUGAAUGAAUUCAGUCGUAUGGAUUUUUUUCUUCAACAGCUUGUGAAUGUGUUAUGGAAUGGUACUGGAGAAAUCAUUUCAAUUGUGAUAUUGCCAAAUUUGAGUUUUGUAAAACAAAUGAAGAAAUUUCUGUUUUAAUGGUUCAGAGAAUAAUUACACUUUUUUUCUCGAAUAACUAGUUAAUAUGUGAACCACUGUUUUUUAAUAUUUUGUUUAUUUUUAUAAUAAGCUUAAAGGCUUUAAAAUGUUUUAAAAAUAAAAGAUGUGGAUUUAAUAA